GUUACCAGGCACGCGGGGGCUCCUUUUGGAGCCCGGAGUCCCUAGACACUGUGGUAUAGGAGUGGUAGGGUUGAGGUGACAGCGUCCAGAGGCCAUCGCCUCAUCCGGGCUGCAGAGGGGCGAGUGACGAGCGCAGCCCCCUCCCCUCCCGCUUCUCUCCGUGUGGCGCCGGCUAGUGACGUGUUGGGUGUGAUGGCCGCCUCGAGGCCGGGAAGGUGAAGAAGCUUGGACAGGUGGAGUCAACACCAUCAGGGGCCAACCUGGACCUGAAUCAGCACAGAGGAGACCUCGAGUUCUUUUCAUCUUUCUGACUCCAGCCAUGUCCACGAUGCCCAACCUGUGAAGGUCUCUUACCAGCUAGAAACUUCUCCUCUGUUCCAGUUGUACAACAGACGAUCUCUGGACCUGUUUUGUUUUCUCUGCUAGGAGUUGCUGCAUAUAAACUGGCGAGAUGUCCCUGCUCUUUUCUCGAUGCAACUCCAUCGUCACCGUCAAGAAGGAUAAGCGACACAUGGCUGAAGUGAAUGCUUCCCCUCUCAAGCACUUUGUCACUGCCAAGAAAAAGAUCAAUGGAAUCUUUGAGCAGCUGGGGGCCUACAUCCAAGAGAGCGCUAGCUUCCUUGAAGACACCCACAGGAACACAGAACUGGACCCGGUUACCACGGAAGAGCAGGUCCUGGACGUCAAAGGGUACCUGUCCAAGGUCAGGGGUAUCAGCGAGGUGCUGGCCAGGCGGCACAUGAAGGUGGCUUUUUUUGGCAGGACGAGCAAUGGGAAGAGCACCGUGAUCAAUGCCAUGCUCUGGGACAAAGUUCUGCCAUCUGGGAUUGGUCAUACCACCAAUUGCUUCCUGCGGGUUGGGGGCACAGAUGGCCACGAGGCCUUCCUCCUCACAGAGGGCUCAGAAGAGAAGAAGAGUGUCAAGACUGUGAACCAACUGGCCCAUGCCCUCCAUCAGGACGAGCAGUUGCAUGCAGGCAGCAUGGUGAGUGUGAUGUGGCCCAACUCCAAGUGUCCGCUCCUGAAGGAUGACCUCGUGCUGAUGGACAGCCCUGGGAUCGAUGUUACCACGGAGCUGGACAGCUGGAUUGAUAAGUUUUGCCUGGAUGCUGAUGUGUUUGUGCUGGUGGCCAACUCAGAGUCCACGCUGAUGCAGACGGAGAAGCAGUUCUUCCACAAAGUGAGUGAGCGUCUCUCACGGCCCAACAUCUUCAUCCUGAACAACCGCUGGGAUGCGUCUGCCUCGGAGCCUGAGUACAUGGAGGAGGUGCGGCGGCAGCACAUGGAGCGCUGCACCAGCUUUCUGGUGGAUGAGCUGGGCGUGGUGGAUCGAGCUCAGGCUGGGGACCGGAUCUUCUUCGUGUCUGCCAAGGAGGUUCUCAGCGCCAGGGUCCAGAAAGCCCAGGGCAUGCCAGAAGGAGGCGGCGCUCUUGCAGAAGGUUUUCAAGUGAGGAUGUUUGAGUUUCAGAAUUUCGAGAGGCGGUUUGAGGAGUGCAUUUCCCAGUCUGCAGUAAAGACCAAAUUUGAGCAGCACACAGUCCGGGCCAAGCAGAUUGCAGAGGCCGUUCGUCUCAUCAUGGAUUCCCUGCACAUCGCAGCUCAGGAGCAGCGCGUUUAUUGUCUAGAAAUGCGGGAAGAGCGGCAAGAUCGGCUGAGAUUUAUUGAUAAGCAGCUGGAGCUCCUGGCUCAAGACUAUAAGCUUCGAAUUAAGCAGAUUACGGAGGAAGUGGAAAGGCAGGUGUCCACAGCCAUGGCUGAAGAGAUCAGGCGCCUCUCUGUGCUAGUUGACGAGUACCAGAUGGACUUCCACCCAUCCCCAGUUGUCCUCAAGGUUUAUAAGAACGAGCUGCACCGCCAUAUAGAGGAAGGUCUGGGCCGGAACAUGUCUGACCGCUGCUCCACUGCCAUUGCCAGUUCACUGCAGACUAUGCAGCAGGACAUGAUAGACGGCUUGAAGCCCCUUCUUCCUGUAUCUAUGCGGAAUCAGAUAGACAUGCUGGUCCCUCGACAGUGUUUCUCCCUCAGCUAUGACCUGAAUUGUGACAAGCUGUGUGCUGACUUUCAGGAGGACAUCGAGUUCCACUUCUCCCUUGGAUGGACUAUGCUAGUGAACAGGUUCCUGGGCCCCAAGAAUAGCCGCCGGGCCUUGCUAGGCUACAGUGAUCAGGUUCAGCGUCCUCUCCCUCUGACACCUGCCAACCCCAGCAUGCCCCCCUUGCCACAGAGCUCCCUCACCCAGGAGGAGCUCAUGGUCUCCAUGGUUACUGGCCUGGCCUCUCUGACGUCCAGGACUUCCAUGGGCAUUCUCGUGGUCGGAGGAGUGGUGUGGAAGGCAGUGGGCUGGAGACUCAUCGCCCUCUCCUUUGGACUGUAUGGCCUCCUGUACGUCUAUGAGCGGCUGACCUGGACCACCAAAGCCAAAGAGAGGGCCUUCAAGCGCCAGUUUGUGGAAUACGCCAGUGAGAAGCUACAGCUCAUCAUCAGUUACACCGGCUCUAACUGCAGCCACCAAGUCCAGCAGGAAUUGUCUGGGACAUUUGCUCAUCUGUGCCAGCAAGUGGACAUCACCCGAGAUAAUCUGGAGCAGGAAAUUGCUACCAUGAACAAGAAAGUCGAGGCUCUGGAUUCACUUCAGAGCAAAGCCAAAUUGCUCAGGAAUAAAGCUGGCUGGUUGGACAGCGAACUCAACAUGUUCACACACCAGUACCUGCAGCCCAGCAGAUAGUGGGCAGCCAGGGCGGACCUGCACCAAGAAGAGGCAGGGCCGCACCUCCCAUCAGCUCUAGUCCUUGGCCGCUGCAGAGAGAAGGAAAGCACCCAGUCUUGUACCAGUUACUCCCUACCCACUGCAGGAAGACCCCUGGCUCAUACCCUAACGGAGACCAACAAGGACUGGACAGCUCGGCUCCAAGGAGUUAUGCAUGUGUCUGUGUCUGCUCAUCACGCUCACUCGGUUGAAAGUUACUGUGUAUUUGAUAAGGUCUUCCUCAGAAUGGCACCCUGCAGAAUGACUGAUGGGAGCCUUCACAGGCAUCAGACAGCCACUCCUACGUUCUCCAGCCUGAGCUCACCUACAGAGAGACAGUGUUGGGGGUGACUGGAUGCCCCAGAAAAAUUCAGGAUACUUCUGAAAUUGCCAUGUUUGUCUCAGAACUUGUAUCUUGCGUUUGGCCCUCAGCUUUAGCACUUUUUCCCACUUGCAGAGUCUUUCAGUUAUGCUUGGUAGCCAGGCUCAACACACCCUGGGCUUUAGACUCAACCAGCUUAUAUGGGAAGCUGGAGACCCCUUCCAGCCAGAGCACAGUAAGAGCUCGGAGAAGGUAUGUGAACUAGGGUAUCUGAUGUGGUAGUGCAGUUGGUGUCUGGCGUUGUGACGACAAGGGACUUGCCUCCCUUCUUGCCACUGAGGCCCUUGCUUUUCCUUCAGCUCUUGGCCUCUUGGUCCGGUUUAUUAGUAAGAGCUAGUUUGCUCCAGGUGGCUAAAGGAUGUAGCAGGAGGAAUGGUGGAAGAUGGGAGCUGCCCGGGUUAGUACAGAAGAGGUCUGUCUAUCUGACCUAGCACUGAGGGGUUCACAAACCUGUGAGGCGCACCUCACUAAUUAUGGCUCAUCCCUGCCUUGCUACAAGCUCCCUGUGGCCACCAUUCUCUGGACUGUACCGUGCCGAUGACUGCAGCUGGCUACAAAACAGCAUGAGAACCUGGCCGCUGUUCUACUGCCUCGACCCUCAGGCAGGCCUCCUCCUCUUCUGCCCCUGAAGCCUCCUGCUGCUUGCUCCUCCACCUUAGUCAGUGCUGAACUUCUCACUGCUGAGUGUUGAAAUUGUUAAUGGUCAAAGCAGGGAGGAUUCCAGUCACCAAGGUUGAUUGUCUUGGGAAAGCAGUUUUAGAGUGAUGAAUCCUUUGUAGGACAGGUAGAGAGUGUCUUAGAGAUAAAUCAAUGGGCUAUGUCCUCUCCUGCCCAUGUCUUGUGCUCACUUGCCCCUCAGUCUACCCUUUUUGCUGGGACAGUGAUGGUCUUGGCCAAGGUCAGCAUGUAAUGGAAAGAGUGUAUUGCCAGGCUGGAUAGAUGGGGUCAUCUCACAGUGGGUCACGUGAAAAUCAGUGUCACGUAGUCCCAGUGAAUGUUGUGUUCUUUCUAGGGGGAGGGGGGAUAGAAUAAACUCAUUCUUUUUCAGUAUAGCCCCUGAGUAAUGAAUGAAAAUGAGCUUAUAUAAGUAAAGAUUCAUUUAUGCCACCAGGGAGAGCCUGUAUCUGAGAGACGUUUAGCAGAGAGCACUUUAGUUUUUUGCUGCUAACUGUUGUGUGAUCCUUUGCUGGGGUGCAAAAGGCACCAGACACAGUGUGUUUGCUUCUGGUAUAUUUAGGUGAUGCAUCCGCCUGGGUUACCUGUAUCUCUGCUGAUCAUAUUGGAAACUAAAAUAAAGCCCCAUUUGUGACCCUG